AUGACUUCUUCGCGCAACUUCAGGGAUCAGGGCGAAUUGACCGGAGCCUCCAUAACAAUGUUGAAAGGCAAGGUAUGGGAGUUGAAGAAGAUGCUCGCGCUUGGUGAGCCUGAAGCCCCCACCAAGCUGCGCACAGAUGCUACACCACCAGGCAAGAGCGAGCUCCGCCACAGCGCGCCUGUCAGAGGCAAGCCCAACGAAGGAUCCAACCAUGCAACCGUCCCAUUUCUCAACAAACGCGCAAAUGUUACCAUGCGACCCAUCAGCCUCGUACCACCUACUCAAACGAUGCCGCAAACACCGCGCCGGUUAAUCGAACGCAAGAACACGCGCCUCCGCUGUCAGCCCGUCAGCCUUGUGCUACAUAGCGAACACUGGGGUCCAUAUCUAGAGCCGAGGAGAACAGAACGCAACGGGUUCUUGGACAUUGCGCAAACGGACGCUUGA